CUCCGGAGCUUGGGAGACAUCACAGUCACACACACCCCUUACUGUCGGAGAGAGAAACAAAGCCCAAAAGCCGCCCCCCCCACGACUCCCCAGCCCCACCCCACCGUCUCGUCUUAAAACGCCUUCUCUUCUUCUACAGUUUUCCACUAUUUUUAAUACUCCAGACGCAGUUCCUUAAAAAACGACAAGAAGAGAAAAAAGGAACGAACAAAAGUAACAGGUAUAGCACAGUCAACUAUAUAUGUUACUGGUUCCCAGUAUAGAGCCAACCAUCGCAAGCUUCUUUCUCGGAGUUUUUGAAAGGGAGUUGGUUUGAAGCAUAUUUGAAUGGCGUGGACGGAUAAAGAUAAUGGCAAUGUGAAAGAAAGAGAUUUGGCUGGUGAAAAUGGUUUUUUAAAUGGAGGGCAGCCUUCUACAGUUUCUGGAGGUUGUCAAGUUAGCAAUAGUCCUGUAAAGAAGAUCUUUGAAGGGAAGGAUGCUCUGUCUUAUGCCAAUAUUCUCCGCUCCAGAAACAAGUUUGUUGAGGCACUUCAGAUAUAUGAGAGUGUAUUGGAGAAGGAUAGUGAAAAUGUUGAAGCUCACAUUGGUAAAGGAAUCUGCUUGCAGAUGCAGAAUAUGGGUAGGCUUGCUUUUGAGAGCUUUACUGAAGCCAUCAGACUAGAUUCGCAAAAUUCAUGUGCUCUCACACAUUGUGGCAUUUUGUACAAGGAAGAGGGCCGCCUUGUGGAGGCUGCUGAAUCAUAUCAGAAAGCUCUUAGGGCUGAUCCUUCAUAUAAGCCAGCGGCGGAAUGCCUAGCGAUUGUACUAACUGAUCUUGGUACAAGCUUAAAGCUUGCUGGUAACACUCAGGAGGGAAUCCAAAAAUACUAUGAGGCAAUCAAAAUAGAUCCACAUUAUGCUCCAGCUUAUUAUAACCUUGGUGUUGUCUAUUCCGAAAUGAUGCAAUAUGAUGUGGCCCUUAAUUGCUAUGAGAAGGCUGCACUGGAGAGGCCUAUGUAUGCUGAAGCAUAUUGCAACAUGGGUGUCAUCUAUAAAAACCGAGGUGAUCUGGAGUCAGCAAUUGCCUGCUAUGAGAGGUGCUUGGCUGUGUCUCCAAACUUUGAGAUUGCGAAGAAUAACAUGGCAAUUGCCUUGACAGAUUUAGGCACAAAGGUCAAAUUGGAGGGAGACAUCAAUCAAGGUGUGGCAUACUACAAAAAGGCGCUAUAUUACAAUUGGCAUUAUGCAGAUGCAAUGUACAAUCUGGGUGUUGCUUAUGGUGAAAUGCUUAAGUUUGACAUGGCAAUCGUGUUUUAUGAGCUUGCGUUCCACUUCAAUCCUCAUUGUGCAGAGGCAUGCAACAAUUUAGGGGUGAUAUACAAGGAUCGAGACAACCUUGAUAAAGCAGUGGAGUGCUACCAGAUGGCUUUGUCAAUCAAACCAAACUUCUCUCAGUCAUUGAACAAUCUUGGAGUAGUUUACACUGUUCAGGGUAAAAUGGAUGCAGCUGCAAACAUGAUUGAGAAAGCAAUUGUUGCCAACCCUACAUAUGCAGAAGCAUAUAACAAUUUAGGAGUUCUUUAUAGAGAUGCAGGCAGUAUAUUUCUGGCUAUUGAUGCAUAUGAGCGGUGCCUUAAAAUUGAUCCUGAUUCUCGUAAUGCAGGCCAGAAUCGACUGCUUGCAAUGAACUACAUAAAUGAGGGAACAGAUGACAAACUAUAUGAGGCUCACAGGGAGUGGGGCAGUCGCUUCAUGAGGUUAUAUUCCCAGUACACCUCAUGGGACAACCCUAAAGAUCCAGAAAGGACACUUACCAUUGGAUACGUGUCUCCUGAUUAUUUUACACAUUCUGUGUCAUAUUUCAUUGAAGCACCUCUUGUCUAUCAUGACUAUGAAAAUUACAAGGUUGUGGUUUAUUCAGCAGUCGUAAAGGCAGAUGCAAAGACAAUUAGGUUUAGAGACAGAGUCUUGAAAAAGGGUGGUAUAUGGAGAGACAUAUAUGGGGUCGAUGAGAAAAAGGUUGCCAAUAUGGUUAGAGAAGAUAAGGUUGAUAUAUUGGUUGAACUUACUGGUCAUACUGCAAACAACAAGUUGGGAAUGAUGGCCUGUCGGCCUGCUCCUGUUCAGGUAACAUGGAUUGGCUAUCCAAAUACAACUGGUUUGCCCACCAUUGAUUACAGAAUCAGUGAUCCCUUGGCCGAUUCUCCUGAUACUAAGCAGAAACAUGUUGAGGAAUUAGUAAGAUUACCAGCAUGCUUUCUUUGUUAUACGCCUUCCCCUGAAGCUGGGCCAGUAUCUCCCACUCCUGCUCUGUCCAACGGCUUCGUCACUUUUGGUAGCUUUAACAAUUUGGCAAAGAUAACACCUAAAGUGCUCCAAGUUUGGGCAAGGAUUCUACGUGCAGUUCCAAAUUCUCGGCUUAUCGUAAAGUGUAAACCUUUUUGUUGUGAUAGUGUGAGACAAAGGUUUCUUUCAACACUAGAGCAGCUGGGGUUGGAUUCGACCCGUGUAGACCUUUUGCCGUUAAUUCUUCUCAAUCAUGAUCAUAUGCAAGCAUAUUCUCUCAUGGAUAUAAGCUUGGAUACAUUUCCUUAUGCUGGAACAACCACAACAUGUGAAUCUCUCUACAUGGGAGUUCCAUGUGUCACCAUGGGAGGUUCAGUGCAUGCACAUAAUGUCGGUGUUAGUCUACUAAAUACUGUUGGUUUACCUAACCUGGUUGCUAAGAAUGAAGAUGAAUAUGUGCAACAGGCUGUACAGUUAGCAACAGAUGUUACCGCUCUCUCAAACCUGAGAAGAGGUUUGCGAGAUCUUAUGUCCAAGUCACCUCUUUGUGACGGACCUAAGUUUACCCAGGGCCUAGAGUCUGCCUACAGGAAUAUGUGGCGCAGAUACUGCAAGGAUGACGUGCCGUCCUUAAGGUGGAUGGAGCUUUUAAAGAAAGAGCAGGCACGGGAGCAGGCGCAGCAACAGAACUCACAUGAACAAGAGGUAGUUCCAGAAGAGCCAGUUAUCAAAUUUUCAGACCCCACGAGGAUCUCUACAUCUAAUGAUGGCCCGUUUGGAUCAGUUAUGGUUAAUGGACUCAGUCUGGGGCAAUCUUCCAUAAUAAACCACCCCUCAUCUGUUGAAGAAAAUGGGGUUUAGUCAAAGAUGACAGCUUACCUGAGGCACGUUGUGGCUAGUCUAAAAUAUGAAGGCCUGUAACUGAAGAAUUUUCUGGAGAGAUUUGAUUGUGCGUUAGAAUCUGCAAUUGCUCUUUUUAAAUCGAGCCUUCUGUAUCAUAUAUUGAAUUGAGGCUUGAUGUGUUAGUACUCACGUUAGCCAUGGUGGCAACCAAGUGUUGCUCAGUGUUUAGGCCCAGAUUUUUUCACGAGUAGGAUGAUGGCGGCAUUGUUUACCCGAAAAAACUUAACCUGCUUAAGGUAUAGGAGGAGUAUAGCUUAUAGCGACACGGAGGUGAUCAUAUGGUAUUUGUAUUAAGGUAUGACAUUCCACAUCUACAUCUACAUCUACCCCAGUAGCAAAAGAGAUGGGGAUUUUGUAAAAUAUAGGAUCUUCGAAUAUCAUAUUGAGCGCUUUUGAAGGAAUUUUUUUAAUAUAAAUUUGUGGACCAGUUAGCGUCGA